AUGCUCGGCUCCGGGAGCUCUCAUCUGUCGAGCUUCCGCUACGCCGCAAGCACGAACGUCUGCAGGAGCUGGCCAAAGCUGCUGUGGAGGAGGUUGGUCAGCGACUUUGGUGCCACGGCGAUCUCCCUGGGCCCUACGCCCCUGUUAACAUCGCAGUGCAUCAGCAUCCUCCAGUACUUGCUGGACACAGGGACGGAUCAGGCGCCGAAGCCACCGGUCGAUGCCAACAGCCGUGGCGAAAAGACAACUCUCUCUUGGGGUUGA